GAAAUUUCAUUUGAUUAAGUCUCAGGACCCUGUCGGAUAAUAAGGACGAUGUAAGACUGAGGACGAGGAAUUCAAGAUGGCGGACAACGAGAGUGCUGCGCUUGAGGAGGCAGGCGACAAAGAUAAUAGCGAUGAACUGUCCGCUCUCACAAAUGAAGUUGUCAGUGGUGUAGAAUCUAUUACAAAGACUCUUUCAAAGUUGGGUGCAAAUGAACCUCAGUACAACUGGGAAGACAUUACAGACAAUUUUACUGAGGCUGCAUCUGAAUUGAAAUUGGGUGAGCUUGUGCAUGACAACAUAUUUGGCUUGUUUGAAGCCAUGUCAGCAAUUGAGAUGAUGGAUCCCAAAAUGGAUGCUGGAAUGUUGUGUAACAAAGCUAAGAAAGUUCUUCAAUUUGAGCCAGCAGUUAAAGCUGGUCUUGUAAGAAUCAAAGAUUUAACUCCCAAAGAACUUAUUGGUAUCAUGGAUGAAUUGAUAGCUUGCUUGAUUACGUGGUUAGAUGGACAUUCCCUGGUACAGACCGUUUUUACUUGUCUCUACAUGCAUAAUCCCUUCAUCAUUGAAGACCCUUGCCUUAAG